AUGACAGCAGAGAGCGUUGGAGUUACGGAGGAGACGGUGGACGUCCGGCAUCACAAGAGUAUCCGCAGCAGCACCUCGGAUAAACGCCUUGGAAAGCGCAACUCAAUGCAUCGAACAGCACUUUCUCGGAGUCAUAACCAGAAAAUUGAGCAGCAGGAUGAGCAGGAACAGCAGCACAAAGCUGAGAAGAUUAACGCCAAGAGAAGGAACAGUUUAAGUUCCGAUUUCGAGGUAGUGCCAACUGAGGAAGAGGUUCGAAGAGCACGAAAAAUUUGGAGUGAGACACAGAAGAAAAACCCACCAAAUGGCCGGGAGGACCAUCUCAUCCAAUGGGCCCGAAAUACCCUUCGAGCACAGGCGAAUUGGGAGAAAUUGGGAUAUAAUAAUCCUCACACAAGAAGCGUGGAACAGCUACAACUAAGGCCUGGUGGAAAUAUCGAAUCACCAAUGCCAAUCUUCUACCCAGAUAUAGAUGCCACACGCUAUUUUCUGCCCUCUUCACCACAAAAUAUGUCGCCAAGGAUGUCACUUCUUUCUUUACAGUCCCUUCCAACGCCAGUGAAAGAAGAACCAGAGGGUGACUCCCAAGGUGACCAACUCGAUGGAACUUAUUCCCCCUUAUAUAAUUCCUCCGGACUCCCAGGAAGCCUACCACGAAAUACUAAUCAAAUCCCGAUCGCACGUUCAGAUAAAACGCCGACUCAUCGAGAUGAGCCAUCGCCGACAUCAGUGGCUGGCAAGGAAGGGUUAGAUGGCAAGAUCAACAAAAAGAAUCUUUCCACAGGCAGGGCAAACUUGUCAAAGAAUUUUCUGCCAGGAUACAAAAACAUCAAUAAACGAUGUAUGAGAGCCCUCAAGAAUAUAACAGGAAAGACAUUGCGUGUUCCUGUGCCCAAUUUACCACUAUCUGUACCUUCGUCCCCUGCGCCCGUUCCGACAUCGCCUCCUCCAGUUCCAUCUACCACUCAACCUCAAUCUGUUGGUACUUCUACCGUUGAGGUUUAUUCAGCUUUAGACCCUAAUGAUCAUGUUCUUGAAGGACCUCGAUCAUCCGGUGUUAUUCGUGAUUUUUCAGCCAACGAAGAACCGCUUCGGCAAGCGGAGGAUGAUAUUGCCGCCAGCAUUGGGUUCAUGACGAGUCCCUUAUUGGAGAUACAAGUUCAACUAAGGCAGGAUUUAUUUGCUAGAGGACUUGCGUAG